AUGACGCAUAGGUGGACAAUUUUCAUAUCGAUAGCCAUAGCAAUACUUACAUUCGGUAUAGGCAUUAUUAUCGGUUAUUUUGCUAUCUCAAAUAAUAUUAAAUCUUCGAAAGAUCUUACAUCACAACCACAUUUGGCUGGUCUAGCGGAAGAUCUGGAAAGUGCUGAAGUAAUCGAAAAACGAUGGUUGAAUGAUGGUUUCGAAGUAACUAAGCCAAGGUACAAUGUACUUCUUUCAUAUCCCGAUGAAAACAAUCCAAAUCGAGUAACUUUGAAAAAUGGUAACACUGUUAUAUUUCAAACGGCUGGUGUUGAAGCAAUCUAUGAUUCAACACAGCCUAAAACAGUCAAUCCAUUUCUUGCUUAUACACUUAAUGGCACUGUAACAAGUUCAAAAUUAUUUUAUGCUAACUUUGGUACAGUCAAAGAUAUUCAAGUGCUUACAAACCUAGUUGGAACAGCUGAACUUCGUGGUAGUAUUAUAAUAAUACGGUAUGGACGAAUUUUUCGUGCGGAUAAGAUAAUGAAUGCUCAGCAUGCUGGUGCUGUUGGUGUUAUUUUAUACAAUGAUCCAGCAGACUAUGCUCCCCUAGGCACUACACCUGAUAAAACCUAUAAUCAAACUUGGUAUAUGCCAGAAAGUGGCACACAAAGAGGCACUGCUUAUGCGGCAGAUGGUGAUCCACUAACACCUGGCUAUCCAUCUACAGACUACAUGUAUCGCGUUAGAGAAGAAAAUAUCAAAGUCUUACCUACUGUUCAAGCUCAGCCUAUUGGUUAUGAAGAAGCUCGUCGAAUUUUGCAAUAUCUCUCAGGUCCAGAGACUCCAAAAGAAUGGCAUGGAAAAUUGGCUAAUAUAACAUACCGCUACGGAGGAAUUCUGAACAAUGGAACACGUGAACGUCGUGAUACCUAUGAUGUCAUCGGAAUCGUAAAAGGAGAGAUCGAACCUGAUCGAUAUGUUGUCAUUGGUAAUCAUCGGGAUGCAUGGUCAUUAGGUGCAUUUGAUCCUACUAGUGGAACAGCUAUCAUGCUAGAGAUGAGUCGAGUUUUUGGUGAAAUGCAUAAAAAUGGCUUUCGUCCCCGCCGUAGUCUAAUGUUUUGCUCAUGGGGUGCCGAAGAGUAUGGAGCGAUUGGUUCAUUCGAAUACGUACAGGAAUAUGUUAAAGUACUCGGCGCUCGAGUCGUGUCAUACAUAAAUUUAGAUGUGGCUGUUAGUGGAAAUUAUACGGUUGAAGCUGCUGCAUCACCAAUAUUAUUUGAUGUGAUCAUCGAGGCAGCAAAGCUGGUACCAAGUGCUUAUGAUCCUCCUGGAUACACCGUUUAUGAUAAAUGGAUGAGCGUUAAUCGAAAUAAUGCAACCAAUGAGCCAAUUAUUGAACUUGGUCUUGGAUCAGGCAGUGAUUUCGUUGGUUUUUCUCAAUUGGCUGGCUCUUCAAACUGUCACUUGGAUUACAACUUCAAUCCGAAUGAUUACGCAGGAAUCGAAGAUUAUCCACUUUAUCAUACAUCGUACGAAGUAUUUUCUGCAAUGAAAACAUUUGUCGAUCCAACUUUUGCUGCACAUAGAACUCUAGCUCAAUUAACAGGAGUAUUGGCGAUGAUCUUAUCAGAAUCUUUAAUAUUACCAUUUAAUGUUACUCGAUAUACAAUUGGUCUUCAGCAAGCAUUAGAUAGUCUGAAUCUAUCUGGUGAAGUUAUCGAUCCCCUUCGUGCAGCUAUUGAUGAAUUUCGUGUGGUGGCUGACCAGUUUGCUACUCGUGUGCACUCGAUAGAUUUUAAUAAACAUAUUGUUUAUGCACCAGCAACAAAUGAUAUGUAUGAAGCAGCAGGGUUUCCAACGAUUAGUGAUGCAAUCGUUACUGGUGAUCAAAUAAUAAUUGAACAACAAGUGGCCAUUGCUACGUAUUUUACACGUGGGGCCGUAUCAGUAUUGAAAGAUUUUGGCAAAUUUAUUUUUUGA